UGUGGGAAGCGAACAGGAGAUCGUAUCGAUUUGAGAGCUCAUCCCCUUCAUUUAAACAGCCUCGGAGCUUUGCAGAUAUCAUAGGAAGAGAAAUAGAGAGCUGAAAGAAGGAUAAAGAGAAGUAAACUACCCAUGGUUUCUAGGGAGCACAAGAGGGCAGCUCUGCAUGAGAAGCUGCAACUACUUCGUUCCAUUACCAACUCUCAUGCUCUUAACGAGACCUCAAUCCUAGUAGAUGCAUCAAAGUACAUCGAAGAGCUAAAACAGAAAGUGGAGAGAUUGAAUCAAGAUAUAACGAGUGAUCAACAGACCUCAAGAGACCAAAAUCCGUUGCCUGUGGCUACGGUGGAAACCCUAGACAAGGGAUUCCUAAUAAAGGUGUUAUCAGAGAAAAGUUGCCCAGGCCUGCUCGUCUCCAUACUGGAAGCCUUUGAAGAACUGGGUCUUAAUGUUCUGGAAGCUAGGGUUUCUUGUGCAGAUAAUUUCCAGUUACAAGCAGUUGGAGGAGAAAAUGAAGAACAAGCCGAAAGUAGCAUUGAUGCUGAAGUGGUGAAAGAAACAGUGGAGCAGGCUAUUAAGAAUUGGAGUGGAAGUAUUGAACAAGAAUAAUCAAACAUCCGUAUACAUCUUUUGCUUUUACUAAAUUUCUCCUUUUUUUUUUUUUUUGGUUAAGAAAACAGUAUCCAAUUUUAUUGAUAAAUCUUGCUUGUCGCGAAAGAAUACCGUGAUUACAUCUUUCUCGUCGUUGAGGAAUACCGUGAUUACAUCUUUUUAUUUAUUAUUACGUGGUCAAUGUUGUUAAUCCAGAACCAAUUAGCUUCUAAAUUGAAUUAGAAAUUGGAUGAA